AUGGCCAAAGCUAAUCCAUCGCGUAAGCGAAAGCCGGAAGAUAAUUUGGAGACCAAACCGGUUCUGAAGCAAAAAUCGGAGGAGAAGGAGACACCGAAAGGAAGCGUCCAGAUGUUGGAGACAAAGUCUGAUCAGCCUAAUUUGAUCUCAGUGAAGGAGACCGUGGAAGGACUUGAUGAUGAAACUCCCGAUUUUGUUGAGGCAGCUUCCGUAAGAAAAAAGACGCUCUUUGUUGGCCGUCUCUCUCCCCAAACUGGAAUAUCAGAUAUCAUCGAUUUCUUCAAAGAUAUUGGACAAGUUGUUCGUGUUCGACUUGUUGUAGACCGCAAGUGUAUUUCUAAGGGCUAUGGCUUUGUUGAGUUUGCUUCUGCUAAUGAAGCAAAGAAGGCGCUGCAAGAGAAGAACGGUGAAUAUCUGCACGUUCGCAAGAUUAAUCUUGAUGAUGUGGGAGCUACAUACUUUCCACCCAUGUAUUGCAUUGAUCACAAAGUUUGGUACGAAGACUACCUUCAACGAGUAAGCCUUCCGAUUAGAGAAGAUGAGACACCUCCCAAUUUUGUUGAGGAUGUACUCUUUAUUGCCAAUCUCUCUCCCCAUACAACUAAAAUAUUGGAUAUCAUCGAUUUCUUCGAAGAUGUUGGAGAAGUUGUUAGUGUUCGACUUGUUGUAGAUAGCAAGGGAAAGAAUGUGGGCUAUGGCUUUGUUGAGUUUGCUUCUGCUAACUUAGCAAAGAGGGCGCUGGAAUCGAAAAAUGGUGAAUAUUUGCACGAUCAUAAGAUUUUGUUGAUGAAAGGACUCAAUGCAACUCCCGAUCCCGUUGAGAAAGCCGCAGUAAGAAAAAAGACGCUCUUUGUUGACUGCGAUGUUGAUCGUGUCUUUGAGAGCAUUGAAAUAUCAGAUAUCAUCGAUUUCUUCAAAGAUGUUGGAAAAGUUGUUCAUGUUCGACUUAUGGUAGACCCCAGGGGCAGGCAUGUGUGCGGUUGCUAUGUUGAGUUUGCUUCUUCUUACGAAGCAGAGAAGGCACUGCGAGAGAAGAACGGUGAAUAUUUGCACGAUCUUAAGAUUUCUCUUGAUGUUGUUCAUCGAAAACCUCCAAACGAAGAACGGUUUUGCAUAGAUUACAACAUUAGGUACGAAGACUACCUUCGACGAGAAAGCCUUGUGAUAGGAGAAGUUGCGGCAGUGGAAGGACUUGAUGAAACUCCUGAUUUUGAUGAGGAAAUUGCUGUAAGAAAUAAGACGCUCUUUGCUUCCAAUUUCUCUCGCUCCAUUCGAAUAACAAAUAUCAUCAAGUACUUCAGGAGUGCUGCAAAAGUUGUUCGUGUUCGACUUCCUGUAGACCAGUGGGGUAGGCGUUUGGGCUGUGCCUUUGUUGAGUUUGCUUCUGCUAACGAAGCAAAAAAGGCCCUGGAAGAGAAGAAUCGUAGAGCCGUUUUUCUUGGCGAAGCUGAGAUCGUUCCAUACCCUUUCCGACUCAAGUACAACCAUGUAGAGAAGCUUUGGUACCAAGAUUGCCUUCGACGAUUUAGCAUUUAUUUUAAGACCAAACAGAAGAAAAAGGAGAUAACCUUCUCCGGUACUAAGAUAACCUUCUCUGACGACGACUGAUAGGAGAAGAUGAAGCUCUUUGGUGUUUUUAACAUGUGAUACAAUGCAAACUUAGGUUUGUAUCUUUUUAUUACUACUAACAUAUUUUUCUGUAAUGUAAGAUAUUUUCGCCACCCCCAGCGACCACUCUGAGAUGCUAUGCUUUAAA